CAAGGUUUCUGCGCUUUCGCAUUUCGCUCACUUCGCCCUGGCGGCCGCGUGAUGGCUGCCCACCGCAGGGGCCGAUCUCGUUCGCCAUAGCCGCACAGAUACCUGCAGGCCCAUCGAGCCGGCGAUGUGUUCCUCGUGCAGGUGGCCAAGGACGGUGAUGAUCUGCCCAACAACCACCCAUGGCGCACGUCGCUCGCGUAGCAUCGCCUGGCGAAGGACGUUCACAUCACCCACGCGCUGAAAUCGUUCCGCAUUGUGGUUUUUGCGUCAAAUGUGGUUGGAGCCGCGCGGGUUUCCCUCGGAAACUGAAGUUGGAGUGCGAUCAGUGCCCCGAUACCCGCUACGCUAGGAAGUGCCUCGAGCCUACGGGCAGUUCCCAUUCCCAACCAUCAAUGGCGACGCGGAGUUUUGGACGGGCGAUGGCCGCUGGAGGCGGUUGCCACCAUUCGUUGCUCUGCAGUUCGCGCGGCCUGCGCCAGAUCCAGCUCAGGGCCAGGGCAGAGCUUUGCAAUGGGUGCCAUUGUGCAUCGCUGCUUUUCUUGCCCAGACGCGCGGCAGCCUUAUCUUGUAUUUUUGAUCAGACAUGUCGCUCGCCCCCAGACGCGUGGCCAGCAAUUGCUUUGACUCGAUUGCUCGCUGGCAUUUUGCCUCGUUCUUUCCGCGGCCUUGGUCGCGAGAUUCAGUGCACGAGCAGUUCGGAUCGCCUCCUCAGCGGCUUCGGCCGCGCGCGGUCGUGUUUUCCAUUUCAGCUACUUUCUUUUGCGCGGCGAGGAACAAUGGCAGGAGCAAAGCCAGGAGAACGCGGCCUCGGGAGGCCUGGGAGCCCCCCCCUGCGCUUCGGGCGCCUCGGGCGCUUCGCCGCGCCGCGAGGCCGCCAGGCCUCCCACGCCCUGGCGCCUAGCCGCCCGCGACGGCCCCCUUUUCCUCCCUGUUCCCUUCCGCGCCCAGGAGAGACGUCCCUCCUCCUCCCCUGGGCCCGCCAGCGGACCACCUCCGUCCACUUUUUUGGCCCGCG